CCUCUUUCUCUUUCGUUAUCAUUUCCGUUUAGCUCUAGGGUUUGGGUGGAAGAACAAUGGGGCUUUGUUGAUUUGAUGGGAUUCCGCUUGAGCCGGAAGCGGAGCUGGUCGAAGAUUCCCUGAUAUCUCGCCGCUGGUGAAGCGGGCGAGGUUUGAGCGCUCGUGAAGGGUGGUUUCCUUAGCCGGGGAUCAUGUCGCAGACCAAUUGGGAAGCCGACAAGAUGUUGGAUGUGUACAUUUAUGAUUAUUUGAUGAAAAGGAAGUUGCAGGCAACUGCAAAAGCCUUUCAAGCUGAAGCCAAAGUGUCGUCUGAUCCAGUGGCUAUUGAUGCUCCUGGUGGUUUUCUAUUCGAAUGGUGGUCUGUGUUCUGGGAUAUAUUUAUUGCAAGGACAAAUGAAAAACACUCUGAUGCUGCUGCCUCGUAUAUAGAGACUCAACAUCUAAAAGCAAGAGAACAGCAACAGCAGCAGCCAUCUCAACAGCAGCAAAUUCAAAUUCAACAACUUUUGUUGCAAAGGCAGGCACAACAACAACAUCAGCAGCAGCAACAACAGCAACAGCCACAGCGAAGGGAAGUGGCUCAGCUCUUAAAUGGCAAUGCCAGUGGGCUUGUUGGUACAGAUCCUCUGAUGCGCCAGAAUCCUGGAACUGCUAAUGCCUUGGCUACCAAAAUGUAUGAGGAACGGCUGAAGUUGCCACUUCAGCGGGAUUCUUUGGAUGAUGCAUCAAUUAAGAGGUUUGGUGAAAAUGUGGGUCAGGUCAUGGACCCAAACCACGCUUCCAUGCUGAAGUCAGCUGCAACACCUGGACAACCUUCAGGGCAUAUUUUGCAUGGUUCAGCUGGUGGUCUAUCAGGGCCUCUGCAGCAGGUUCAGGCUCGGAACCAGCAACUUCCUGUAUCAGCACAGGACAUAAAGAAUGAGAUAAAUCCAGUUCUAAACCCUAGAGCUGCAGGUCCUGAUGGUUCAUUAAUUGGAGUUCCAGCAGGACCCACUCAGGCUGGUAACAAUCUGACUCUAAAGGGAUGGCCCUUGACGGGUCUAGAACAACUUCGUUCAGGACUGUUGCAAAAGUCUUUUAUGCAGUCACCUCAAUCAUUUCAGCAACUUCAGUUUCUAAGUCCGCAACAACAGCAGCUACUGCUUCAGGCACAACAAAAUCUGACUGCCCCAUCAGCUGCAGAUAUGGAUAACAGAAGGCUAAGAAUGCUUCUGAACAACAGGAACAUGGUCUUGGGGAAGGAUGGCCAGACAAACUCUCUUAAUGAUGCCAUUCCAAAUGUGGGAUCUCCCAUGCAAACUCCAAGUCCUUUAAUGUCACGUGCUGAUUCAGAUUUGCUAAUGAAGAAAAUAGCUCAGUUACAACCACAACAACAGGUUAGCAAUCAACAGCAGCAACUUCAACAACAUGCUCUUUCAAGUCAACAAUCACAAAAUUCAGGUCACCUUCUUCAUCAGGAAAAACUUGGAACAGCCAGUAUGGCUGUUGAUGGAAGCAUGCCACAUUCCUUUAGGGGAACCGAUCAGGCUUCAAACAAUCAAAGUGGCCGGAAGCGGAAGCAACCUGUGUCAUCCUCAGGUCCUGCCAAUAGCUCGGGAACUGCAAAUACCGCUGGGCCUUCUCCAAGUUCUGCACCCUCAACACCAUCCACUCAUACACCAGGAGAUGUGAUGUCAAUGACACAAUUACAGCAUAAUGGCAGCUCAUCUAAGCCUUUGAUAAUGUUUGGUGACGGGCCUGGCGCACUGGCAUCUCCAACCAACCAGUUGGCUGACAUGGAUCGCUUUGUGGAAGAUGCAUCUUUGGAUGAUAAUGUCGAGUCAUUUCUAUCUCAUGAUGAUGCUGAUCCAAGAGAUGUGGUUGGCCGCUCUAUGGAUGCUGCAAAAGGUUUCAGGUUUGCUGAGUUUAAUGCAGCCAGAGCAAGUACAAAUAAAGUUGUUUGCUGCCACUUCUCUUCAGAUGGAAAACUCCUUGCUACUGGUGGUCACGAUAAAAAGGCUGUAUUGUGGCAUGCUGAUACUUUAAAACCGAAAUCUACACUGGAGGAACACACACUGCUGAUAACCGAUGUUCGGUUUAGUCCUAGCAUGCCACGUCUAGCUACCUCGUCAUUUGACAAGACUGUUAGAGUCUGGGAUGCUGAUAAUCCAGGCUACUCACUUCGUACUUUUACGGGCCAUUCUGCAUCUGUUAUGUCUUUGGACUUUCACCCGAGUAAAGAGGAUCUCAUUUGUUCCUGUGAUGGCGAUGGAGAAAUGCGUUACUGGAGUAUAAAUAAUGGUAACUGUGCCAGAGUUUUUACGGGUGGAACAACUCAAAUGAGGUUUCAACCUCGUCAUGGUAGGUAUAUUGCUGCAGCUGCUGAGAAUGCCAUAUGUGUGCUAGAUGUUGAGACACAAGUUCGCCGGCAUUUACUACAGGGACAUACAAAACAUGUUGAUUCCAUUUGCUGGAAUCCUUCAGGCGAUAUUCUGGCUUCUGUGAGUGAAGACUCUGUCCGAGUUUGGUCACUUGGUUCAGGAAAUGACAGUGAAUGCGUGCACGAGUUGAGUUGCAUUGGAAAUAAGUUCCACUCAUGCGUUUUCCUCCCCAAUUAUCCAUCCUUGCUCGUGAUCGGUUGCUACCAGUCACUAGAGAUCUGGGACAUGAAAGAGAACAAAACCAUGAUGCUUCCUGCACAUGAUGGCCUGAUCGCAGCCUUGGCGGUAUCCAAUGCAACUGGAGUGGUAGCAUCUGCUAGUCACGAUAAGUGUGUGAAGCUCUGGAAGUAGCCUCCGUUUUUUUCUUUCCGCAAUCGGCUGAGCCACUUGCUCUGCAUGCAAAAGCUACAAUGAUUCUGGACUACCAUCUCCUGUGGCUUCCUUGUACCUAAAGGCGAUACGGUGUAGAAUGAGAAUAGUUUUUUUUUUUUUGUUCUCUUCUUUGUUUCUGUGUUUGUGACCUCAUGCUGCAUCAUCCAACUUAUCGGACAUUUAUGUCAUACAUACCUUGAAUCGAUGUUGUGCCAACUUUGUGUGUGUUUAUAUAUAUAGCCAGCCAAGUCAUAUUUA